CGGGAAGCGGCGGGCCCAGUCGGUUCCCGAUUCUGGUCCCCGGCCCCCAGCAGCGCCUGCCCCCUUCCCACCGGGGCCCCCCAUGAUGCCACCACCCUUCAUGCCCCCUCCAGGAAUUCCCCCACCCUUUCCUCCGAUGGGACUACCUCCCAUGGGUCAGAGACCACCAGCCAUCCCCCCAAUGCCACCUGGCAUCAUGCCCCCAAUGCUUCCACCAAUGGGGGCACCACCACCACUCACACAGAUACCAGGAAUGGUACCUCCCAUGAUGCCAGGAAUGCUGAUGCCAGCGGUGCCUGUCACCGCAGCGACGGCUCCAGGUGCGGACACAGCCAGCUCUGCUGUGGCUGGGACAGGCCCUCCGAGGGCCCUGUGGAGUGAGCAUGUGGCCCCUGAUGGGCGCAUCUACUACUACAAUGCUGACGACAAGCAGUCCGUGUGGGAGAAGCCCAGCGUGCUCAAGUCGAAGGCAGAGUUGCUGCUGUCUCAGUGUCCCUGGAAAGAGUACAAGUCAGACACGGGCAAACCUUACUACUAUAACAACCAGAGUAAGGAGUCUCGCUGGACCCGGCCCAAGGACCUGGAUGACCUGGAGGCUUUAGUCAAACAAGAGGCCGCAGGGAAGCAGCAGCAGCAGCCACAGAUACUGCAGCCACAGCCACCUCAACCCCAGCCUGAGCCCCCACCUGUGCCACCUGGCCCCACCCCUAUGCCUAUGGGCCUUCUAGAGCCUGAGCCAGGUGGCAGUGAAGAUUGCGAUAUGUCAGAGGCUGCCCAGCCUGUGGAGCAAGGGUUUCUGCAGCAGCCGGAGGAGGGCCUCAGCAGUGCUGCUGGACAGCAUCAGCCACCACAGCAGGAGGAAGAGGAAUCAAAGCCAGAACCAGAGAGGUCUGGCCUCAGUUGGAGCAACCGGGAGAAAGCAAAGCAGGCCUUCAAGGAGCUGCUGAGGGACAAGGCUGUCCCCUCCAACGCCUCGUGGGAACAGGCCAUGAAGAUGGUGGUCACCGACCCCCGUUACAGUGCCUUGCCCAAACUGAGUGAGAAAAAGCAGGCAUUCAAUGCCUACAAGGCCCAGCGGGAGAAGGAGGAGAAGGAAGAGGCCCGGCUAAGGGCCAAGGAGGCCAAGCAGACCUUGCAGCAUUUCCUGGAGCAGCACGAACGCAUGACCUCUACCACCCGCUACCGGAGGGCAGAACAGACCUUUGGGGAGCUGGAGGUGUGGGCUGUGGUCCCUGAGAGGGAUCGAAAAGAGGUUUAUGAUGAUGUCCUCUUCUUCCUGGCCAAGAAGGAGAAGGAACAGGCCAAGCAGCUCCGGCGCCGCAACAUCCAGGCCCUGAAGAGCAUCCUAGAUGGGAUGAGUAGUGUCAACUUCCAAACCACAUGGUCCCAGGCCCAGCAGUACCUCAUGGAUAACCCCAGCUUUGCUCAGGACCACCAGCUGCAGAACAUGGACAAGGAAGAUGCACUGAUCUGCUUUGAGGAGCACAUCCGAGCUUUGGAGAGGGAGGAGGAGGAGGAGCGGGAGCGGGCCCGCCUUCGGGAGCGGCGUCAGCAACGCAAGAACCGGGAGGCCUUUCAGACCUUCCUGGAUGAGCUGCACGAGACAGGGCAGCUGCACUCUAUGUCCACCUGGAUGGAGCUGUACCCAGCGGUCAGCACUGACGUCCGCUUUGCCAACAUGCUGGGCCAGCCGGGCUCCACACCUCUGGACUUGUUCAAGUUCUAUGUGGAGGAGUUGAAGGCACGAUUCCAUGAUGAGAAGAAGAUCAUUAAGGACAUUCUUAAGGACCGGGGCUUCUGCGUGGAGGUGAAUACAGCCUUUGAGGACUUCGCCCACGUCAUAAGCUUUGACAAGAGGGCCGCUGCGCUGGACGCAGGCAACAUCAAGCUGACCUUCAAUAGUCUGCUGGAGAAAGCAGAGGCACGGGAGAGAGAGCGCGAGAAGGAGGAGGCACGAAGGAUGCGGCGCAGGGAAGCUGCCUUCCGAAGCAUGCUGAGGCAGGCCGUGCCUGCUCUGGAGCUGGGCACUGCCUGGGAAGAGGUCCGUGAGCGCUUUGUGUGUGACUCAGCCUUUGAGCAGAUCACCCUGGAGUCGGAGCGGAUCCGGCUCUUCCGGGAGUUCCUGCAGGUACUGGAGACUGAAUGCCAGCACCUCCACACCAAAGGACGAAAACAUGGCAGAAAGGGCAAGAAGCACCAUCGAAAGCGUUCCCACUCGCCAUCAGGUUCUGAGUCAGAAGAGGAGGAGUUGCCCCCGCCGUCUCUCCGACCCCCUAAACGGAGAAGGCGAAACCUCUCAGAGUCAGGCUCUGAGCCCUCUUCCUCACUUGAUUCGGUUGAAAGUGGGGGUGCUGCCCUUGGAGGACGGGGUUCCCCAUCUCGCCUUCUUCUUGGAUCAGAUCAUGGCCUUCGGAAAGCCAAGAAACCAAAAAAGAAAACUAAGAAGAGAAGACACAAGUCGAACAGUCCUGAGAGCGAGACAGACCCUGAGGAGAAAGCUGGCAAGGAGAGUGAUGAGAAAGAACCAGAACAGGACAAGGACAGGGAGCUUCGGCGGGCAGAACUCCCCAACCGCUCCCCAGGUUUUGGAAUCAAGAAGGAGAAGACGGGCUGGGACACGUCAGAAAGUGAGCUGAGCGAGGGCGAGCUGGAAAGGCGUCGGCGGACACUCCUGCAGCAACUGGAUGACCACCAGUGACCCGAUGAGCUGCUCUGCUUCGGGUCUGUGUGAGGCUGUGCAUCCUAGGUCACCCUCACCAUCUGCACUAGACUCCUUUCUUAGUCUGGUCUGUGUCUACUCUUCCUCAAGUAACCCUGCCCCCAACACACUAUUGCUGGCACCUCCCAGGGUUGCUUGUGGUGUUGAAGGGUCCUCCACUUCCCGGGCAACUAGUGCAGUUCUUGCCCUCAGCCCCAGACCAGAGAUUGGUAUGCCAUGUGGGGUAGGUGGUGCCAGUAGAGAAAUGUGAGAAGGGCCUCUAGGGAAGAAUGACAGGUUGGUGACAGGUGGGGUCCUUACCCUCUAGCACCAAUGCCUGCUCCUGCCUGCCCAGGCCCUCGGGCUCUACCACUCCUUCUUCCUUCAGCCCCGGGACCCAGUGUAUGUGUGUUUUGUUUUGUUUUUGUUUUUUAAAUAAUAUUUAUAACAUGG